AUGGUGCUUUGCGCCAGGGCACCCCAAGGGGUGGCCUGCAAGGCAGCCAAUCUCGUGAGGUGUAUACUGGCCUCCUACCUGCCUGCGACGGCCUCAAGCGGUAGUAGCCGUCCAGAAGCAACGGCAACACCAGCAGCAGCAACACCUUCGGUAGGGGCAGAAAGGGUGAUGCUAACAUUUUUUGUUGGUGCUGCUCCUACAACUCAUGUGCAUCAGCAUCGAUAUCAUCAGUGUCUACCUCGUGCAGCUGCCAGACACCUCAGCAGCAGCAGCAAGAAUGUCAGCAACAACAGCAGCACCAGCAGCGGCAACAGCAGCAGCAACCACUGGCAGCCCCCCUUCGGCCGUCGUUCACGCAGCCGUGACUAUGACCCGCCUCUCCGCGCCGAAUUCGCUGCAUCUGAAAGGCGGGAGCGCAUGCUCCGGUCUCCUGCCACCACAGGAGGAUGGUCUCCCUCCUGGACUCCUUACAAACCACCUGACAGAGCAGCAGCAGGUGCUGCACCAACAGCAGCAGCAGGACCACGAAGCGAUCAAGAGAUGCGGUCGCCGUGUGUCGGUUAUACCGUACCGUACAGAUUCAGAGUAGAAGACGCCUUGAGUCCAGAAGAAAAAAAGGCUCAGAAACUACCGCCCCUAAAUCGCCCUGCUAGCGGCUUUUUGACCUACACGGAUUUUUCUGGCAACCGCUUGCCUACCCUGGACACUGCGGAGAACGUGCGCUACUGGCAGGACGAUGGCCUCGACCGUCUCUUGCCUCGCGUCUUCCCCAUUCAUCUGCCUCCCCACCGGCGGAUAGACCCUCUCUUUAGAGAACUGAUUUUCUCUUUGGCUCAGAUGGACCCUAGGCGGUUCAACGUCUCCGCCCUAGCCAUGCGAUACGGGCUCGCAACGGAGUCCACCAGAAGAAUUAGUCGGGCCGAGGCGGUCAUGAAAAUGAAGGAAAUAGUCUUCAAACAAAAAUUGGGCUACGACCAAAUGGGGACAGAAGAGAUCGACUCGCAAGAAGAAAACAAAUUCGAAGGAUGGAAAAGCACGUUUGACUGGGUGAUGAAGCAGCACAUCGAAGUGGAGACCCUUUCAGCCUUUCCUCUGCCGGCGAGGAGAGACCCUGUCCCAAAGAGGGUCGAUGUCGAUGUCACAGUGCACAACACGGCGAACCUCAAAGUCAUUAGCUGGAUUGACCCGAACGAGAAAGUAGUGUUCUAG